AUAUGAAUGUCUUCAAGGACAAGCCGCAUUAAUCUUGAACAAAUGAGUUAAUAAACACACAAAAAGGAGAGCCAAACCCGCCUCUUAAACAUAUGACGUCCAUGGGUGGCUCCCAUUUAAAAAGUGUUGCGCACAAGAUUGCGCAGACGUAAAUUGUUUGGUAGUAGCGAACGAGGCUAGCGAAUAUGGCACAUGUCAAACAGUUUCUCGCAGGGCUGGAGCUGGACAUCCGGCCGACAGUCGCCCUUUUCGCCGGGGCUGUCGCCUGCCUCGUGGGGGCUCUGGUGGUGCGGGCCCGGGCGGUCGACGGCCACCUGGACGCUGGGAAGAAAAUUCAGCGAGCCAGAAAGCUCAGAGAUGGCAGCCUGGAGAAAGCCGAACAGGCUGUACUUCACUACAAGAACUUGCAUCCCAAGAUGGACUCCUCUUUCAUUGUGUCCUUGUCCCUUGCCGAGCUGACAAGUAAACUUCAGGAUGGCUUGCUGAAACCCGAAGAUCUGUUUUACUCCUACAUGGAAAAGGCUAUCGAAGUAAACAAAAAGUUGAACUGUUGCACCUCUAUCUUGCUGGAGAGUUUUGAGCAUCUGAAAACACUGGACCCCAACGACCGAGGUCUCCUGUACGGCGUUCCGGUUAGCAUCAAGGAGAACAUGGCGUACAAGAACUACGACUCCUCCUGCGGCGUGGUCGUUAACCUGGGCCGGCCGGCUGAGAGGGACUCUGUGAUUGUGCAAGUCCUGAAGAGGCAAGGCGCCAUUCCAUUUGUGAAAACCAACAUCUCUCAAAGCAUGUUAAGUUACGAAUGCAGUAACGUCAUCUAUGGACCGACGGUGAACCCCCACAACCUCCAAAAGACCAGCGGAGGAUCUUCCGGCGGGGAGGCAGCUCUCAUUGGCGGAGGAGGCUCCAUACUUGGCAUAGGCAGUGAUCUCGGGGGCAGCGUCCGUAUCCCCGCUGCAUUCUGCGGGAUUUGCGGCUUCAAACCAACAGUGGGGCGACUAAGCAAACUGGGUACGAAAGCUCUUUGUCCGGGGCAAAAGUCAGUGUCGACAACAGCCGGGCCCCUGGCGAAAGAUGUGGACAGCCUGGCUCUGUGUAUGCAGGCGCUGCUCUGCGACCACAUGUUUGCCCUGGAUCCAACUGUCCCUCCUGUGCCUUUUAAUGUGCAGAUGUACAAGAGCGCCAAGCCGCUGAGGAUCGGCUACAUGGAAAGCGACGGCUUCACGCAACCGACGCCGAGCAUGACCCGAAGCCUCAGAGAAGUCAGAGCUUUGUUGGAGCAGGCGGGACAUACCCUGGUGCCAUACAAUCCUCUGAGGAUCAAGGACAAUUUUGAGCUCGCUACCAAAGGCGUCUUUGCAGAUGGAGGGGCCAACCUGCUACAAAAACUGAAGGGGGGACCUCUUGAUCCUUCUCUCAAACUUCAAGUGUACCCUUUCUAUCUUCCGUGCUGGCUGAGGAAGACCCUCUCCUUCCUGAUGAGGCCUCUGUCUCCUCGUGGUUCUUUCCUCAUGCAAGCCUCCACUGGAGUUGGAUCCGUUUCGGAGUUGUGGCAGCAGCACUCGGCUGUGGAGGACUACAUUCACGAGACCUUGGCCGAAUGGAGAAGGUGCAACAUCGACGUGCUGCUCUGCCCCAUGUUCGGACCCGCAUACAACUUCUUUCACUGCGGCAGGCUUCCCUUUCCUCUGUUUUACACGGCAAUCUACAAUUUGCUCAACUUUCCUGCCGGCGUGGUUCCUGUUUCCACGGUGACGGCAGAGGAUGAGGAGGAACUGCGCCAUUAUAAAGGCUUCUUUCAGGACUUCUGGGACAAGCUUUUCAAAAAGGCAUUGUCAGGAGGCCGGGGUCUGCCAAUGGCCGUGCAGUGCGUCGCCCGUCCGUGGCAGGAUGAGUUGUGUCUGCGCUUUAUGAAAGAGGUGGAGGAGCUUGUUAAACAGAGCAGGAUGAAACGCCUGCAGGCUGACUGACACAUUUGCGUGGCGCUCCCCGUGGACUCCUGUCUAAUGUUUAUUCGGGGCCCUGUU